GUGACGUCAUCUGCCCUGCUCGGGCGGGCAGGUUUGCAGCACCGGAGAAGCCGACAUUAAAAACAACGAAUUGUCUGAGGAUCCAGGGUAUCCAGCUCCAGGACGCGGGGACUGUUUGAACGUGGGGUGGCCCUAGUGGCACCUCUAGCCUCCGAACACUCGGGGGCGCUGUGAUCUCUGCCUGGUCUCUUGGACGCUGAGGUUCAUCGCGCAUGCGCACCCCGAACUUUCUGCCAUUCCCCACGUGAGAACUUUCUCGGCAACUUUUUCAAGGAAAAUGCCUAAAUUCAAGGCGACCCGUGGGGUCGGGAGUAAGGAAAAGCAUGCUCCCCUAGCCGAGCAGAUUCUCUCUGGGGACGCUGUGCGGGCAGGGGCCCGGGAAAAGCGGCGGGGUCGCGGAACCGAAGAGGAAGAAGAGUACGUGGGGCCCCGGCUGAGCCGACGGAUUUUGCAGCAAGCGCGGCAGCAACAGGAGGAGCUCGAGACCGAGCAUGGGAACAGGCCCGCAAAGCCACCGGAGCGCGCCACGCGGCUGGGACCGGGAGUGCCCCAGGAUGGAUCAGAUGAUGAGGAUGAUGAGUGGCCCACCCUGGAGAAGGCAGCCAAAAUGACAGGGGUGGACCACCAUGCAGAGGUGGUUGUGGACCCUGAGGAUGAACGUGCCAUUGAAAUGUUCAUGAAUAAGAACCCUCCUGCCAGGCGCACCCUGGCUGACAUCAUUAUGGAGAAGCUAACUGAGAAGCAGACCGAGGUCGAGACAGUCAUGUCGGAGGUGUCAGGCUUUCCUAUGCCCCAGCUGGACCCCCGGGUCCUAGAGGUCUACAGAGGGGUCCGAGAGGUCUUAUCCAAGUACCGCAGCGGGAAACUGCCCAAGGCUUUUAAGAUCAUCCCUGCCCUCUCCAACUGGGAGCAGAUCCUCUACGUCACAGAGCCUGAGGCCUGGACUGCAGCUGCCAUGUACCAAGCCACCAGGAUUUUUGCCUCUAACUUGAAGGAACGCAUGGCACAACGUUUCUACAACCUUGUCCUGCUCCCCCGGGUACGAGAUGACAUCUCCGAAUACAAACGACUCAACUUCCAUCUCUACAUGGCACUCAAGAAGGCCCUGUUCAAGCCCGGAGCCUGGUUCAAAGGGAUCCUGAUCCCACUGUGUGAGUCAGGCACUUGCACCCUCCGGGAAGCCAUCAUCGUGGGUAGCAUCAUCACCAAGUGCUCCAUCCCUGUGCUGCACUCCAGCGCGGCCAUGCUGAAAAUUGCUGAGAUGGAAUACAGUGGUGCCAACAGCAUAUUCCUGCGACUGCUGCUGGAUAAGAAGUACGCGCUGCCCUACCGGGUGCUGGAUGCCCUGGUCUUCCACUUCCUGGGGUUCCGGACGGAGAAGCGUGAGCUGCCUGUGCUCUGGCACCAGUGCCUUCUGACAUUGGUCCAGCGCUACAAAGCAGACUUGGCCACAGAUCAGAAAGAGGCCCUCCUAGAACUGCUCCGACUGCAGCCCCAUCCACAACUGUCCCCCGAAAUCAGGCGAGAGCUUCAGAGUGCAGUCCCCCGAGAUGUGGAAGAUGUUCCCAUUACCAUGGAGUGAAGAGAAUGGAUCCAUGUCUUGGCCCAGAUGGUGUGGGAGGACACCAGGACCCUUGUCUGUGAUGAAAAACAACACUGAACAUUAUGGCUAAAGACCUAGAUUAGGACACUAAUAGGUCACGUGGGCAUCUGUGGCUCCCAGCCAUGAGAAAGGAGAACUGAGUCUGGCUGGCUUCCUCUUCCCUUCUAGGCCUUUGUCCCCGCUCACCUCUGGACCAGCCUUGAGAUUCCACACCCCAGCAGAGAGAUUCUCACUCCCUAACUGGGGCAUAGUGUAAGUUACCUUCUCUCCAGCUAUUGUGUCAAGUCACUGGGAUGUGGAUAAAAACAAAGGCGAGUAUUUAUUGAACCUCUGUACUAUGGUGUGGUCAGUGGAGAAAUUUCUUCUUCCCUCUAUCUGAAGAUGGGAGUUACUCUUCCCAUUUUUUUUUCCAGUUUACACAGGAGGCCCAUCUUUUCAUCUCAAACAUUGUUUCUCCAGGCUUCACUUGGCUCAUUUGCCUCCAGAGGGCACACUCUCUGCUGCCCAAGAGGAUGCAGGCUACUCUGCAUGAUGCUAGCAACAGGGAGCUGGUUAUUUGUGAUUUGAAAGGUGUUGGUGGCACAACUGAAUGAAGGGCCCUCCUCAGGAUUGGGUCUGGAAAUGAUCAGAUCCAGGUCAGCACCAGACAGGUUCUUUUGAGUUUUUUGGCCAACAAACUUUAAACCAGUGUAUAGCAAGCUAGGACCAGAUGCCUGUUUUUAUGUAGCUCAUGGAGAAUUAUGUGAAAUUCAAAUUUUGGUGUCCAUAACAAGUCUUGAUGGAGCACGGCCACACCAUUUGCACAUUUUCUGUGCAACCCCAGCAGAGGUGAGUGUUGCCUUGCUGCAUACCCUCAUUAUUUGCUUUUAAAAAUGUGCAUUUGUUCCAACCCAGUUAAUGUUUGGGAACAGUUUGAUCCUAACGCCAAUUUCAUGUUGGCUUAUAUGCAGUUUCAUCUCUGAGAAACCUAGGCAAAUGCAGAAGAGUGCACCAGCUGAACCAUGCCAAAUCACUACCCAGAACACCUCAAAAAAGUACCAGCUUCCUCUGUUCAGCAUACCCACAUCUGGUAGUACAGCUCUGCUUUCACCACCGCAUCCAAACAAGUUGUUUUCUUGAAGAGUUGGGGAUGGAACGAACCCAUGGCCUCAAAUGUGGGAGGGAAGCACAGUUCCAGAGCCACACCCCACCUUCUCAUUUAAUUUUUGAUUGUGCCUUAAAAGCCCCAUUUCCGAUCACCCUUUGGGGUUUGUUGUGCAAUUUUGCAUCACAGCCAUUUUUAGGAAGGGAUAUAUCACAUUAUAAAACAGAACUGACUUGAGGGUAGAGACUGUGGCCCACAGAGCCUGAGUAUUACUGUCUGGCCCUUUUCAGGAAAGGCAAUCCAUGCUCCAGACAGUGGACUUUGCCUUCUCACUUUAUGCAGUUUAGAAAUAGGCUUUUACCCACAACACCAUGGAAUCUAAGACACCAAAACCAGUUUAUUCCAGAUUCUUUAUUAAGGCAGCAUGAUGGCCCUGGGCCACCAAUCUAAACCUUGUGGCCUUAGGAAAGACCUGUGUCGACAGGGCUUGCCUCCCUCUCCAGAUGGGGACUCAGCCACCUCCAGCAUUUCCCUGCUGGAGGACGGGGCACAGGGCCAAAGGGAGAGGAGGGCAUGAUCCCACCCCAGGCUAUAGCAGCUCCCGGGCCACAAAAAUCCUUUUAGCCAGUAGCAGAGGGGAAUAAAACAGCAACCACCAGGGUUACCACCACUUGUGGGGUAGACAGGCACCACUGCGCCCUCUUACAGUUGUACUCAAAGCAAUUAAUAAAUUAAAACUUUUUCCUUCA